UCUAAAAACAACAAUCGAAGUAUUUCUUUGGUAAUAUUUUUGUGUGACUAUGAGUGACAUUGAGGGAUCCCCAGGAAGCUCCAUGCAUGGAGUCACAGGCAGGGAACCGGCUUUCGCCUCAUCAGUUGCUUCGCCGAUGGUCCCGACCGACACAACGGCCAACUUCGACUUGCCGGUGGAUUCCGAGCACAAAGCCAAAGUGUUCAAGCUUUUCUCCUUCGCCAAUCCCCACAUGCGAACGUUCCACUUAUCGUGGAUAUCGUUCUUCACUUGCUUCGUCUCCACCUUCGCCGCCGCACCCCUCGUCCCCAUCAUCCGCGACAACCUCAACUUGAAGAAACAAGACGUCGGCAACGCCGGGGUCGCUUCCGUCUCGGGGAGUAUAUUCUCCAGGCUCGUGAUGGGCGCGGUUUGCGACCUCUUGGGCCCCCGCUACGGGUGCGCAUUCUUGAUCAUGUUGUCGGCACCGACCGUCUUCUGCAUGUCGUUUGUUGCCGACGCGGGGGGUUACAUUGCGGUCCGGUUCAUGAUCGGGUUCUCGCUCGCGACGUUUGUCUCGUGCCAGUAUUGGAUGAGUACGAUGUUCAAUAGUAAGAUCAUAGGGCUGGUUAACGGGACUGCAGCCGGGUGGGGUAACAUGGGAGGUGGUGCAACCCAGCUUUUAAUGCCAUUAGUUUAUGACAUUAUACGACGAGCUGGUGCUACUCCAUUUACCGCAUGGAGAAUUGCUUUCUUCAUUCCUGGAUGGCUUCAUGUCAUUAUGGGGAUCUUGGUGUUAACCCUUGGUCAAGAUUUGCCUGAUGGGAACCUUAGCAGUUUGCAAAAGAAGGGUAAUGUUGCUAAGGAUAAAUUCGGAAAGGUGCUAUGGUAUGCUGUCACAAAUUACAGGACCUGGAUUUUCUUCCUUCUCUAUGGCUACUCUAUGGGAGUUGAAUUGUCGACUGAUAAUGUCAUUGCUGAAUAUUUCUACGACAGGUUCAAUCUCAAGCUCCACACAGCAGGUAUCAUUGCAGCCACCUUUGGUAUGGCAAACCUCGUGGCUCGUCCCUUUGGUGGCUACGCAUCCGACAAAGCUGCUCAGCUAUUCGGCAUGAGAGGCCGGCUAUGGGUCCUAUGGAUCCUCCAAACAUUCGGAGGUGCCUUUUGUAUCUGGCUAGGCCGUGCUAAUACACUCCCCAUUGCUAUCUUGGCAAUGAUCCUCUUCUCCAUCGGAGCCCAAGCCGCAUGCGGUGCCACAUUCGGCAUCAUCCCCUUCGUCUCACGACGGUCCCUGGGGAUCAUCUCCGGCCUAACCGGCGCAGGUGGCAACUUCGGGUCCGGUUUGACGCAGUUGAUUUUCUUCUCAACGUCGAGGUUCUCGACCGCCGCAGGUCUCACGUGGAUGGGCGUCAUGAUCGUGGCUUGCACCUUGCCCGUCAGCUUGGUCCAUUUCCCGCAAUGGGGAAGCAUGUUCCUUCCGCCGUCGAAAGACGUAGCGAGAUCAACCGAGGAACAUUAUUACUCGUCGGAGUGGAACGAGGACGAAAAGAAAAAAGGCAUGCACUCAGCGAGCCUGAAGUUCGCCGAGAAUAGCCGGUCGGAGCGCGGGAAGCGCGUGGCUUCCGCACCGACACCGCCUAAUACAACCCCGUCCUAUGUUUAGUCUCCAACCCAAGAUGAAAUAUUGCAAGUAAAUAUUCAUCUUUCUUGUUCACUAAUGAGAAACGUUGUAUCUGUUUUCUUCCUAUACAUCUUUUGUUGGUUAAACCUAGUUGUUUAUGUGCAACUACGUGCACCUAAACCAUUGUAUAAUAUAUAUAUUAAUAAAUAAAAUUAAGUGAAUUUAAUUUUAA